UGCAGAACUAGGGGUAGGAUCUGUGUUUGUUUAUAUAGCCCAGGCAGACCCGCUAUCUGGCCCAUUCCCUCUAAGCCGGAGAACACAAUCCUACCAGGACCGCUGCCAAGGGAUUGCUCAGCAUUUAACGAGAGAGAAAGAGAGAGAGAGAGAGAGAGAGAGAGAGAGAGAGAGAGAGAGAGAGAGAGAGAGAGAGAGAGAGAGAGAGAGAGAGAGGAGGGGAAACAUCUCUGACAUAUUUAACACACACUCCCACAUUUACCUCUCUCUCAACAUACUCACAUUUACCUCUCUCUCAACAUACUCACACACACUGUGAGACAGACAGACAGCAGACAAAACUCACCACACAAAGUCUCUGACAGGUAAGUAGACCUCAACACAGACAGACUCUCUGAGACGGACGGCAGACAGCAUGUUUCUGUGGCGGCUCCCCCAGGCAGUGUGUCUGGUGUCGGUGUGUGUGUCGCUGACUCUUGGGUACGAGGACGAUAUCGAGGUGAACUAUGGUGACAGUUACUUCAACGAGAUCACAGAGGGAGAGCCACUGGAGCCCACGGCCACCCUAGCCCCAGGCCCCUGUAACGCUACAGACAUCACUAAAUGGGACAAGCUCUUCUCCCUGCUGGAGAACUCUCAGAUGAGGGAGACCAUGCUUCUGCAGUACUCCGAUGACAUCAUCAAGGUGGAGUUGGGGUCGCUGCGUGGAGAGAUGCUAAGGUUCGUGGCUCAGUACGGAGAGGCCUGUGGCAUUGCAGUGGAGACCGCUGGACGGAGGAUGUCCAUGCAGAUGGAGGCUCGCCUCAGGGAGACCAUGGGGCAUCUCAGACAGGAUCGGAGCAUCGCUGCUAGCGAUUCAGCUGGGAAUAGCCAUCAGGAAAAGCUGUUACAGCAGCUUCUUACUGCGGCGAGGACACAAGAUAUCCGACUCAUCAAGCUGGAAAACAGCUGCCUGAGUAAUCCAGAGGCUAAGGGGGAAAACCUGCAGCAGGAAGUGGCAUCAGCAGAGAUGCUGGAUGCCGUGGUGACAGAGCUGGUGAAGACGAGGGCAGUGCUAGAGCUAGUGUUCAAAUCGGCACAGCAACGACACCUGCCCGCAGGCUGUGAGACCGCUCUUCUCUUCCCUAUGCGUUCCCGUCGCAUCUUCUCCUCGGUGACACCAGACCUCCCUCUCUCCCUGUCUUUCUUCACCGUGUGCCUGUGGGCUAAGCCCGUCUCCAUAUCCAACAGAACCGUGCUGUUCUCCUACGGAACCAAACGGAACCCCUAUGAGAUACAGCUCCUUCUCAGCGGAACCAGGGCUCUCUUCACCGUGGGAGGAGAGGCUCACCUGGUGGAGGGGCGGGGCGUGGUGAAAGGAGGAGGAGUUUGGACCCACCUAUGUGGGUCUUGGAGCUCUGAGCAGGGCAUAGCGUCACUAUGGGCCGAUGGACACAGAGUGGCAUUCACACCCGGGGUGGCCGAGGGCCGCAUGUUACCCGAUGGAGGCUCACUCCAGCUUGGGCAAGAGAAGAACGGCGGUGGGGUCUCUGGAGGGUCAGGUGGCAGUGGGAGUCAGCUGCCUGGGUUUGAGGGAGGCUUCGAUGCCAAGUUGGCAUUCGCUGGGAAGAUGACGGGGGUGAACAUGUGGGACCGUGUGCUGGCGGAGGAUGAGAUAUCCCAGCUGGCUUUGCAGGACGGCAAGGGGUGUGAGCAGAGGGGGAAUGUAGUUGGGUGGGGCUUGACGGAGAUUGUGCCUCAUGGGGGCGCUCAGUUCAUCAACUAACUCUAAUGACGUUUUCAUCAUCAUCAUCAUCAUCAUCAUCAUCAUUUAAAUCAACUCUAACAUCAUCAUCUUCAUCAUCAUAAUCAUCAUCAUUUAAAUGAACUAUCAUUAUCAUCAUUUAAAUGAACUAUCAUUAUCAUCAUUUAAAUGAACUAUCAUUAUCAUCAUCGUCCUUGUCAUCUAACUCUGCUGCCCCUAAGACCUGCAGUGCAGAACAGCCCAACCAGCUGAGACUGCAACAACAAUGUGAACAUGAACAACAACAACAACAACAACAUUCCUCUGAAUGUGCCCUGUUUGAGGAGUGUUUCCCAUUUAGAGAAGCAGGAGAGUGGUAACACACAUGUACACACAUGUACACACAUGUACACACAUGUACACACACACACACACACACACACACACACACUCUUCGUGAGAAGCAUUAGUAUACAUAGCCUUAGGAGGAGAAGUGGGGAAAACAACAUUUACCAAAGAUUUCAAGAGAAGAAAGGAGAGGAAGAACAGAGGAGAGAGAGAGACAAAGAGCUCAUUGUGUGGAAGGAGGGAUGCUUUGGGUCCAACUGUCUGCAAGGGUCACCACUAGAUGGCCAUGCUAGAGAGGACAACAUUGGCUAUAUCAUCAUAAGUAUUGUGCAAGUACGUUAGCUGUUUGUUAUUAAUCGAGUGUUAGGGUUAAGGGGUAAGGUAAAUGGUAAAGGUUGAGGUUUGGGUUAGUUGUUAAAGUGGCAUUGUGGUUAAAAAACACUUUACAUUCGUCCUCUCUGGCAUGGCUACGUAGUGACAACCAUCUGCAAGCUGCCAUGGGAGGUUUUAAUCAUUCUAUUACCUUAUAAUCUUGUGUUUCCGGAAAAAGUUGUUUCCAACUUGUUUCCAACUUUGUAUUUAUCAAAGUGUUUACAUUCAGAUGUGACAAACAUAAUAUUUCAGUUGUUUUGUGUUUUGCUUUUGCUUUCCAUAUAUCCAGAGGGGUUUAUUGUCUUUGAGACAGAAACAGUUGAUUUGAAAAGCGGAACUGUGGACAAUGUUUACAGAAUCUGUUACGACUAUCUCUGCUCAUUUGUUAAAGUUAGUAGGCAAUGUGUAUCAUACUGUAAAUUAUUUUGUGUUUUUUUGUCAAGAAGUAAAAAUGAAUGUAUUUUGUAUAUAAAUAUUUUUGGAUUAGAAUUGGAGACGAAGGUAUUAAUAAAACGACAUUUUAACAUUA